AGUUGACUAUAUUUAAUAGAAUCUCAUAUUCCCAACAUUUCCACUAGCUUUUCUUUUGAUGACACAAUUGAAGAAUAAAUCCAAGCAAAUCCAAAUCAGCCACUAUUUAAACCCACAACAAACCUCUCUCACCUGCAGCAAACCAAGCACACCUCACCUCAACUCAAAGUCGAAAAAAGUAAAGCCACUAAAUUCCCAAAAGCCUCAAACUCAAACAAACACUACCAACAGAGAAGAAGAAACCAAAACCCAAAAACCCCUUUCACCUUCAACCAACACAAACAUGAUAGCUUACCUUGAACACUUCGUCCACGGAAAUGACACCGAAGUCCCACUCCAAAACGACGCCGUCGCAGCUCUCGAAGGCGCCGCUUCCUUCAACUUCGGCGCCACCAGCCUCGCCGCCAAGGACUUCGGCGGCAUGAAGUCCGCCCACCCCCUAGCCUUAAUCCGCCCCUCCUCCGCCACCGACGUGGCCCGCGCGGUGAGAGCAGCGGCGAGGACCCCAAACCUCACGGUGGCUGCCCGCGGCAACGGCCACUCCAUCAACGGCCAGGCCAUGGCGGAGAGAGGCCUCGUCCUCGACAUGCGCGCCAUGGCUGACGAGGAAGACCACUUCACCCUCAUCUGUCUCGACGAGUCCCCAUACGUCGACGUUUCGGGAGGGGCAUUAUGGGAAGACGUCUUGAAACGCUGCGUUUCACGGUUCGGCCUCGCACCGAAGUCAUGGACCGAUUACCUCGGGUUAACGGUGGGAGGGACGUUAUCUAACGCCGGCGUUAGUGGUCAGGCUUUCCGUUACGGCCCUCAAACCGCCAGCGUAGCUGAAUUGGAGGUAGUUACCGGCAAAGGCGACACCGUCAUCUGCUCGGAAACCCAAAAUUCCGAGCUCUUCUUCGCCACGCUCGGCGGCUUAGGCCAGUUCGGUAUCAUCACCCGAGCCCGCAUCGCUCUUCAACAAGCCCCUAACAUGGUGAGGUGGAUAAGGGUAGUUUAUUCAGAGUUUGAGGACUUCACUGAGGAUGCAGAGUGGCUCGUGACACGCAAAGAAGGUGUGGACGGUUUUGAUUACGUGGAAGGGUUCGUUGUAGUGAACGGUGACGACCCUUGUAACGGGUGGCCCACUGUGCCCGUGAACCCAAACCAGCAGUUUGACCCAGUUCAUGUCCCGCGCUCCGCUGGCCCGGUCCUCUAUUGCUUAGAACUCGCCCUUCAUUGCCAUCACUCAGACCACCCUUCUGAAAUUGACAUGAAAGUGGAUAGAUUGCUUGGACGGCUACGAUUCAUUAAGGGUCUUCGGUUCGAGGUGGACGUGACAUACAUGGAAUUCUUGUCACGCGUGAAGCGCGUGGAGGAGGAUGCGAGAGUGAAUGGGAUUUGGGACGCGCCUCAUCCGUGGCUGAACCUGUUUGUGUCUAAGUCCAAUAUGGCUGAGUUUGAUCGUGAAGUGUUUAAGAAGAUCCUCAAGCACGGCAUUGGUGGUCCUAUUCUAGUCUACCCGCUAUUGCGAAGCAAGUGGGAUAGUCGACACUCAGUAGUGGUGCCUGACAGCAACAUCUUCUACAUAAUAGCAUUGCUCCGAUUCAUUCCACCACCCCCAAAGGGACCACCUACAGAACUCUUGGUGGCACAAAACCAUGCAAUUAUUCAGUUGUGCUACACCAGAGGCUUUGAUUUCAAGCAAUAUCUACCUCACUACCAGUCACAGGAUCACUGGAAGCUACACUAUGGAGAUAAGUGGUCUAGAUUCGUUGAGAGAAAAGCCAAUUUUGAUCCCCUGGCUAUUCUUGCUCCAGGCCAGAAAAUUUUCACCAGAAUCCCUCAACCUUCAAUUUGUCCAUCACAUAAUUAAUUAGGUUUCGGUGUUUCGCUGGUUUCGAACUGAGGAUCUGUUGGUGGGUGAAAUUCUCUUAACCAACAAACCGGUCGAGAAACCGGCAGUUAAUUAGAUUAAUAGCUUGUUAAUUUCCCAACCAUUGUAAUUUUGUCUUCAAUUUUUUCCCCCUCCCCCCAUGAUCCUCCUCUUGUAGUUUCUCUAAUUUCCACAAUGUUGCUGCAGCCAUAUUGUACAUGAAUAUUUUUGGGAUGAAAUUAAUAUGAAUAUCAAUCUAGACCCUUCUUCUCCCUGUCAA